GCCGGUAUGUGUUUGUCUUACACUAGAUCUGUAUUAUUAGUCGUGGUGGCGGAAUUAAUAUCCCUAAAAAUAGAUGGGUAAUAAUGAGCAUUCCUUCUGAUAAUGAUAUGUCUAAGCAUGAAAGGCCUGUAACCGAAGAAAUAGUAGAAUCUCGUGCCGUCGUAUGCCCUCACUAAGGUGGGCAUGCAGCUGGGUAUAAGCAUUCCUGACCACCCCCAUGGGGAGCACCCAGGGAAGGGCAAAUGGUUGAAGAGGAACGAUCUCAGCCACCAUUCCUCUCCUGAAGUGCCACGUGCCGGGGACCCCAAUAAAGGAGGCAGGAGCAGCAGACAAGAUGGUGUCGGUUUUUCUGCUUCUCAUUCAGUUCCCAGGACAGCCAGGUGAGGUAUGUAGGGAAAUGAUGAGGUUCCUAUUUUAUAAAGAAGGAAAUGAGGUUCAUUCCUGUGACUGGCCCACGCUGAUGCUGGGAGAGGAUGUUUGUGUGCUCCUUGGUGAGAAGGACUACUUGUGAGGGCCACGGGGGGUGGAGGGGAGCCUUCUGAGAUGAUAAAUGUCAGGCUAAAGUAUGAGGUGAAACAAGGGUUCUGGCAUCCCUACUGGUCAUACAGUUCAAAUGCUCAGCUGCCAAUCAGCACCACAGCCAAUCAAUUCUGCAGCCAGUGACCAAUACAGCCCACAGGAGGCUGGGGGUGGGACUACCAGGCUCAGCCUUGAGUGACUUCACAUGGAGGAAGGACUUCUGGACCACGGAUCAGCAGAGUUAAUGGGUACUCAGCCUUAAGGAGCUUCCUCCCAUUCCCUAUCCCAUUCUGUCACUUCUCUUCAGCCAAUGUGGCCGGAGGAAGCUUGUUUUCAAGAAGGAUGAAGGCAAUAUUUCAUAAUCCAAGAAAAAACCCUCCUGUUCCUUCAGUCUCUCCCUACAUCACCAUCUAUUCUUUGGUCCUUUUCACAGCUGGACAGAUUGAGGGUUAGAAAGAACUUUCUUCCCUGGAAAUCAUUGUCUAAAUCCCCAGACCACUGCGCUAAUCCUGGGAGGACUAAGCAGACAGGAAGUCCCCACCCUCAGGAGCCCAGCAAUCCAGUCAGGCCCCCCAUGGUUCUAGGUCACCUUGGCCACCUACAAGGGCCUUGCCAUGCCUGUUCUCGCUGUCAGACACAGGCCUGCCCUUAAAAAUACCCGGGGGAGGUGGGAGCUUAGUGGCAUCUUCUCCCUAAAUUGCCCAUCUAAGGGUUUCACUUUUUUUUUUUUAAUUUUGCCUCCCCCUCCACCCGCUAAUCUUGGAGGGCAAGCUGACCUUGCUUCUGGGAGCAAGAUCUGAAGGUGGGCUCACAGCUGCAGAGCCUGGACUCCAGAGUAGGCAGGAGGGAGGGAGGAAAAGGCAGACCGUGAAUGAUAUCCAAGAGCAAAAGAUCCUAUGGGGACUGGGGGUGUUUAGAUGGGAGGUCUCCAGAAAAGGGCGUCUAAGGAGUAGGGGGAACCCAGUAGAGUCAAUCUCUCAGACUAGGUGGUCAUAGCAGAGCAGAGAAGGGGUCCUGGUAGAUAUGUCUUUAAAAAGGAUGAAUGGGUGCUUCCCCCUGCCCCCCUUGAAACCAAGCAUUCCUUCCUUCCCAUCUACCAAUAAGCAUCCACAGGCAGGUCAAGGAUUCCCAUCAGUCUGUCUAUUUAUCCAAGCACACUAGCUGCUAUUUGUUCAUCCAUCUGCCUGUCUGUUUACCCAUGUGUCCACCUUUCCAUCCAGUCAUUUGUCUAUCCAUCAAUCUGCCCAUCCAUUGACCUGUCAAUUCCAUCCAUCCAUCCAUCCAUUCACCCACCAAUUCAUCCAUCAGCCAUCCACCCAUCCAUCAUCCAUCCAUCCAGAGAGAUCAGGUCCCAGUUGGUCUCCCCAGAGCUGCUGGGAAGGGCCUGUGGUCCCAUGGCAUUUAUGGGGCAUGUGACCUGCCUGCCAGGCCUGGGGAAGCAGCCCCGCCCCAGCCCUCAGGCAGGGGGCUGGUCCAGGCAUGUGGGAGUAUUUAUACCUCCAUGGAGGCUGCUAGGGUGUUGCUGGCCUGAUGACUCCCUGAAGCCGAGAUGGUGGCCAUGGCCCAGAGCCCACUCCGGCUUUCUUCGAGGCCAGGACCGGGUGAUGGUGUCGCUACUCCCGCCGCAGUCUGACGUCACGCUGCAGGGCUCCACCAGACUGGAGGGCGAGCCCCCAGGGGACCUCAUGCAGGCGCCGGGCCUCCCAGGCUCCCCUGCCCCACAGAGCAAGCACGCCGGCUUCAGCUGCUCGUCAUUUGUGCCCGAUGGCCCUCCGGAGAGGGCACCCUCACUGCCGCCGCACAGCCCCAGCAUCGCAUCCCCAGGCCCUGAGCAAGUCCACUGCGCGGCUGGUCCUGGCCCCAGCCCUUUCCGGCUCUCACCCGCAGACAAGUACCCCAGCUUCAGCUUUGAAGAGGGCCCAGCAAGCAGCCCCGGGCGCUUCCUCAAGGGGGGCCAUGUGCCCUUCCACCCAUACAAGCGGCAUUUCCAGGAGGACAUCUUCCCCGAGGCCCAGACCGCCCUGGCCCUCGACGGACACACCUUUAAGACCCCAGGGGUGCUGGAGGCCUUUGAAGAGAUGCCCGUGGAUGUGGGGGAGGCUGAGGCCUUCCUGCCCGGCUUCUCAGCAGAGGUCUGGUGCAAUGGGCUCCCCUACUCCAGCCAAGAGCACAGCCCCCAGGUCUUGGGGUCGGAAAUCAAGGUCAAGCCCCCAGCUCUGGAGCCUGGUCCUGGCAUGUACUGUUUCCAGCCCCCCUUGCAGCACAUGUACUGUCCCUCGCAGCCUCCCUUCCACCAGUACUCACCAGGUGGCGGCAGCUACCCUGUACCCUAUCUGGGCUCCCCACACUAUCCGUACCAGCGGAUUGCACCCCAGGCCAGCACUGAUGGGCACCAGCCACUCUUCCCCAAGCCCAUCUACUCCUACAGCAUCCUCAUCUUCAUGGCCCUUAAGAACAGCAAAACUGGGAGCCUUCCUGUCAGCGAGAUCUACAAUUUUAUGACGGAGCACUUCCCGUACUUCAAGACGGCGCCCGAUGGAUGGAAGAAUUCUGUCCGCCAUAACCUCUCUCUCAACAAAUGCUUUGAGAAGGUGGAGAACAAAUCGGGAAGUUCCUCUCGUAAGGGCUGCCUGUGGGCCCUCAACCCAGCCAAGAUCGACAAGAUGCAGGAGGAGCUGCAGAAGUGGAAGAGGAAAGACCCCAUCGCUGUGCGCAAGAGCAUGGCCAAGCCGGAAGAGCUGGACAGCCUCAUUGGAGACAAGAGGGAGAAGCUGGGCACCCCGCUCCUGGGCUGCCCACCCCCUGGGCUGGCAGGCCCAGGCCCCAUCCAGCCCCUGGCACCUCCGGUUGGGCUCUCCCAGCCGCUGCACUCAAUCCACCCGGUUCCAGGCCCCAUGCCUGGCAAAAACUCCCUGCAGGACCUCCUUGGGGGCCACACGCCCUCCUGCUACGGGCAGACAUACUCACACCUCUCCCCGGGCCUGGGCCCUCCUGGACCGCCGCCGCCACUGUUCCCGCAGCCAGAUGGGCACCUUGAGCUGCGGGCCCAGCCGGGCACCCCCCAGGACUCACCUCUGCCCGCCCACACCCCACCCAGCCACAGCACCAAGCUGCUGGCGGAGCCCUCCCCGGCCAGGACCAUGCAUGACACGCUGCUGCCUGACGGAGAUCUCGGCACGGACCUGGAUGCCAUCAAUCCCUCUCUCACCGACUUUGACUUCCAAGGAAACCUGUGGGAACAGCUGAAGGAUGACAGCUUGGCCCUCGACCCCUUGGUACUGGUGACCUCAUCCCCGACAUCAUCUGCAGUGCUGCCACCUCCGCCGCCUCCCCACUGCUUCCCUCCAGGGCCCUGUCUGGGAGAGGCGGGCAGUGGGGCGGGCGACUUGGCAUCACCAGGCAGCGGGGGCUCGGCAGCCCUGGGCGACCUGCACCUCACCACCCUCUACUCGGCCUUCAUGGAGCUGGAGCCCCCACCCCCCACGGCCCCCGCCGGCCCCUCCGUGUACCUCAGCCCCAGCUCCAAGCCCAUGGCCCUGGCAUGAGCCAUGCCCAGCAGCAGCUCCAGCCUCGGCCUGGCCUGGAGGUCCCAGCUGGCCGCCCACGCCGGGCUCACCUUAAAGGUCAAAGAAGGAAAACUCUCCCUGUCCCCUAUGCCACUAAGCCAACUUGUUUGUUAGCUGACAGCCAGGGGGGUGGAGACACCACCCAGGAUGCUACCCCGCACACAUUUCUGCUGCCCGGUGGGCCAGCUCCUCACUCAGAGCCCCCGAGAACAAGUGUCUGGGCGAAAACGUCACCCACUCUCACUCAUCCACACUCAAGCCUUCAUGCGCCUGUGCCCGUGCGCAUCCACCGUCAUUCAGCCAUACACCCACCCACACGCCUUAUAUCCUGAGGAACCGGAACUGCAUCACAGAGCCUGACUUCCUUUCUGGGGCAGCUGGGAGCUGAGGGCUUUGGUGACCGAAAGCUCAGAGCCUCCAGCAGGCCCAAGACCACCCUGAUGCCCACAUUCUCUUUGGGCCCGGCCCCCUCUAGGCAUGAUCUUCCCCGAAGUCGAGGUAUUUAUUCUCCCAUCUUCAUUCCAGCAGCCUGUGAGGGAGCAGGAGGCACGGAGCCUCUCCCCAAGUUGCCCGGGGACCCCCCGGGGGGCUGCUCUUUAGCAGCAAUGACUCUGCCAGGCUCUGCCCAUCCUCCGCAUAUGCUCUGUCCAGCCCCAGGGUGACACACAGGAGGGACCACGUCCACCCCAGGCCCAAACUGAGCCCAAUCCCGACACACAGUGUUUGGAAACGCCCCCGCCCUUGGAAACUUGAAAGAGUCCUCUUCUCCCAGCCCUGGGCCUAGGAAGGGCCCCUCCGAGUCACCGCGGUCUCACUCCUUCUCUCUAAGCUCGUGUAGUUUAGGCCUCAGCUUACCAGUGACUUCCCACUGCCUAAGGCAGCCUGGGCAUUCCGGGAAGGGAAGCCUGGCACAGGCGGACAGGGGAGCACCCGUGUCCCCUCUCUGACUGCUUGACAGACCUGGGAUGCCCUUGGAGCUAGGGAUGUGGCCCUGUGGCCCCGCCAUGCCCUACCUGGAAGCCCAACCCCCACCUCGUGGGAGCCUCAGCCUACCAUGGGCCCGGGGACGACAAGAGCCCACAGAGUUUGGCCUCCGGUGAGGCACGAGCAGAACCCUCCGUGGCCUGCCAUUGUCCCUUACCCCGGAACAAUAAAGCAAGUGCCAUGCGGUCUCA